AUGGGCGCCCAUUCUACAAUUGCUCGUAGGCGAAAGAGUGGGGAUAAAGGGGGCUCUCGCUGUGAGGCAAGGGAGGAGCUGUCCUUGGGCGCCUCGAUUGUGCGCAGAGAUGAGGCUAGGCGCACUGAUUUGGUGAGUACCAGUGGACGCCUAGAUCUGGCUGUUGGGGGCACUGCUGGUUUAAUGAGUUUGGCACCUGCUGGAAGGGACAUGGGAGCAGGCGAGCAGGCCCAGGGCAGUGGGAGAGCCGCCCAACCCAGCGGGUGA